AAUGAAUCCUGGUUGCUGCUUAAGGAAAAGAUCCACAGUGUUCCUAACGUCCAGGUUGAGGAAGUUUGAAGUGUACUUUUCGGCUGGUUUACGUGUUUGAGUCACACAUUUCUUUUCAGAUCUCGUCUACCGUAGGUCGACACGAUGUCCGGCGGUCCCCAUAAUGAUAAGGAGGCCAUGAAUAUAUACUGUAUAACCCUCAACGGCCCGGCACCAUGGGGCUUCAGACUUCAGGGGGGGAAGGACUUCAGCAUGCCCCUGACUGUGUCCAGGCUGACCCCCGGGGGUAAGGCCACCCAGGCCGGUGUGGGCGUGGGAGAUUGGGUGGUGUCCAUCGGGGAGACCAACGCAGAAGACAUGACCCAUGUGGAGGCACAGAACAAGAUCAGAGCAGCAGAGGAGUCUCUCACCCUCACCCUCAGCAAAGCUUUCCAUGCGGCUGGCGAUCAGAAGGAUUCGCUCGCCCCCGCCUCCGUUCAGCCCAAAUACUCCUUCGCCCCCAGCGCCGCUAUCAACAAGAUGGCGCGGCCGUUCACGCCGGGCGGCGGUAACACGGUCAUUAAACCAGUGGCGUACGCCCCUAAAGUUAACACCCCGGCCUCAGCGGCCCCCGCCAGCAUGCUACAGCCACACAACGGAGAUGAUCAAGCUUUGUAUGACCACCAGAUUUACCAACACGAGAAGCACGGUCUGCGGGUGGAUGGCAUCACCAUGUUCAUCCCCAACGACCGCAGCAAGAAGAGGCUGAUCGAGGACACUCAGGAUUGGCAGCCCCGCACAGGCACCACCCAGUCCCGCUCCUUCCGCAUGCUGGCUCAGCUCACAGGCACCGACUACAUGCAGGACCCAGAUGAUGAGACAAUGAAGAGGGCCAGCAUCAAGGCCUCUCUGUCACCUGCUAAGGCUCAGACCCAGACAGCAGACAAACCUGAUGCCUCUAAGACUCCAGCUCCAGUCAAGGCUGGUCCUCUGGUACGUCCUCCGUGGGUGACCGACCCAGGGUUCGCUGACCGUUACGCCCCAGACAAGACCAGUACGGUUCUGACCCAGCACAGACAGCCGGCCCAGCCUACGCCCAUGCAGAAUCGCUCCUCUAUCCUACAGGCAGCUCAGCAGGCACCCGAGGACAGCGGAAGGACCCCUCUGUGUGGAGCCUGCAACAAGAUCAUUAGGGGCCGGUACCUGGUGGCGCUGGGUCAGUCCUGGCACCCAGAAGAGUUCCAGUGUUCCCAGUGUAAGGUGUUGUUGGACGAGGGAGGAUUCUUUGAGGAGAGGGGCUCAGUCUUCUGCACCACGUGUUAUGAUAACCGCUACGCUCCCAACUGUGCCAAAUGCAAGAAGAUUAUCAUAGGGGAUAUCAUGCAUGCCCUGAAGAUGACCUACCAUGUCCAGUGUUUCAUGUGUGCUGCGUGUAAGAGCCCCAUCAGGAACCAGGCCUUCUAUAUGGAGGAGGGAGAACCUUACUGUGAGAAAGAUUAUGAGAAGAUGUUUGGUACUAAGUGUCAUGGCUGUGACUUUAAGAUCGACGCUGGGGACCGCUUCCUAGAGGCCUUGGGAUACAGCUGGCACGACACCUGCUUCGUCUGCGCUUUCUGCCAGAUCAACCUGGAAGGAAAGACGUUCUACUCUAAGAAGGAUAAGCCGCUGUGUAAAGGUCAUGCCUUCGCUCCCGUCUGAGAGGGAGAGAGGUGGUUCAGAGGGGACAGGAAGCCCUCACCAUUCUCUGAACCCUGAAGACCUGUACAGUGGCAGUUACUCUCCACUGUCCACUGCAAACCAGACAGCAUCAUAUCCUCACUAUCGCUCAGCUACAGUUCAACUGUUCCUCAUCCUUCAACCUCUAAUCCCUGGACUUUCUAAAGGCAUCCUGUACUGGCUAAGAGCUAAAGGAAUGUAAUGUCAACCAUGACUGCCUAGUUUCUCUACUGCUGUUACUCAUAGCAGGUUACUCUAGUAUCAUAUGUAAUGGUAUAAAGAAGUGAGAAUUUUUUUUAGUAUCGUGUGUAGUGUUAUUACAAACGGAGUCAUUUUCAAAGCCUUCGCUUCUCUAUCUCGUGUAUAUUGUCAGUGAAUAUAUUGGUCAUUCUCCCUCUGUGAUUGUGAUGCUUAAAACCACAUGUUGUUCACAAGGCAUCCUCUACUCCAGUGUGUGAAGUCGACUGUGUUUGGGCCUAUUAGUCCGGUGAAAUAUCUUUAGACCCUUCUAAUCUAAACCUCGUUCACUUUCAAGUGCCUUUUUUGAAGUUGAACCAACCAUUUAGUGUGUCAUUUUCUAAGAUGUUACAUUGAACUAUCCCUGCACCACCGUCUUCAUUUAUAGUACCCUCCUAGUCUCUGGUCUGUUCGGCACCCCUUUAUUACUGCACUACUUAAGGGGAUUUUAUUGGGGACCCUUACUCCAGUACUUAAGGUAAUGUACGGGCAACCUUACUGCAGUAAUUAAGGUAAUGUACGGGGCAACCUUACUCCAGUACUUAAGGUAAUGUACGGGGCAACCUUACUGCAGUACUUAAGGUAAUGUACGGGGCAACCUUACUCCAGUAAUUAAGGUAAUGUACGGGGCAACCUUACUCCAGUAAUUAAGGUAAUGUACGGGGCAACCUUACUCCAGUAAUUAAGGUAAUGUACGGGGCAACCUUACUCCAGUAAUUAAGGUAAUGUACGGGGCAACCUUACUCCAGUACUUAAGGUGAUGUACCUUACGGUAAGGUAAUGUACCUUACUGCAGUAAUUAAGGUAAUAGGAACUCAGUCAUGUGGAACUAGUUACUGUACUUACUGUAAUACACUCCCUGUGUGCGUUCCAAAUGACGCACCCUAUUCCUUAUGUAGUGCACUAAUUUGUAUGGGUUCUGGUCAAAAAGUAGUGCACUAUAAAUGAAAUAGGGCUGUCCUUUGGGACACAGCCCCACAUUGCACUAGUCACUAUAAAAACUGUAGAACACUCCAUAUUGACCCCAGAGACCCAGAAUGCAUCACUUGACGUCAGCUAUGUUUUUGAAUUGGUUAAUGUUAAUCAGAAUAGUACAUCAUAAAAACAGUAGCGUGUAGCGAGUAGCGUUUUGAAGCAACGUUUUAUCAAUGUUCGCUAUAUGGAAAUGAAGGAUGUUUACAGGGCUGGAGUUUAAACCAUGGAAGUAAACUGUAGCUCUUGAAUGGAGAAUAAUCUCAUUAUUAUUCUAUUAUUCAAUUAUAUUCUAGAAAUGUUCUAAAUUCAGUUGGAAUCGACCCCAACUGUGUGAUUUGUAGUCAUUUUGUUGUCCUGGGAUUUGUAGUCGUUGUGUUGUCCUGGGAUUUGUAGUCAUUUUGUUGUCCUGGGAUUUGUAGUCAUUUUGUUGUCCUGGGAUUUGUAGUCGUUGUGUUGUCCUGGGAUUUGUAGUCAUUUUGUUGUCCUGGGAUUUGUAGUCAUUUUGUUGUCCUGGGAUUUGUAGUCCUUGUGUUGUCCUAGGAUUUGUAGUCAUUGUGUUGUCUUGGGAUUUGUAGUCCUUGUGUUGUCCUGGGAUUUGUAGUCAUUUUGUUGUCCUGGGAUUUGUAGUCAUUUUGUUGUCCUGGGAUUUGUGGUCAAUGUGUUGUCCUGCGAUUUGUAGUCAUUUUGUUGUCCUGGGAUUUGUAGUCAUUGUGUUGUCCUGGGAUUUGUAGUCAUUUUACACAAGUGACUGUAUGUAUUGGACUAAAUACUGUAUGGUCUAGGGUUCUAUUCAAUCCGAAUCACGGAAGUUCAGCGUUGGAGCGUGAUUGAAAUUUAAAUGUUCCCGCGUUGGCGGAGACUGCAUUCCGUGUAAAUGAUGUCGGCUCAUUCAGAGCGCGCCAUCUGUAAAGCUUCAAACGACGCGUUGAAUAGAGCUCAUGUCUCACAAGAGACCUGUAAGUACACUGAACAAAAAUAUAAAUAACACAUGCAACAAUUUUAAAGAUUUUGACUGAGUUACAGUUCAUAGAAGGAAAUCAGUCAAUUGAAAUAAAUUCAUUUGGCCCUAAUCUAUGGAUUUCACAUGACUGGGCAGGGGCGCAGCCUUGUUUGGGCCUGGGAGGGCAUAGGCCCACCCAUUGGGGAUCCAGGCCCAGCCACAAAAGGGCUUUAUUAAAGACAAAUAUUCCAAAGUUUCAUCAGCUGUCAGGGUGGAUGGUGUCAAACGAUCCCGCAGGUGAAGAAACCGGAUGUGGAGGUCCUGAGCUGGCUUGGUUGGACGUACUGCCAAAUUCUCUAAAAUGACAUUGGAGGCAGCUUAUGGUAGAGAAAUUUACAUUCAAUUCUCUGGCAACAGCUCUGGUGGACAUCGCUGCAGUCAACAUGCCAAUUGCACACUCCCUCAAAACUUAGAUAUCUGUGGCAUUGCGUUGUGUGACAAAACUGCAUUUUAGAGUGGCCUUUUAUUGUCCCCAGCACAAGGUGCACCUAUGUAAUUAUCAUGCUGUUUUCAGCAGCUUAUUGAUAUGCCACACCUGUCAGCUGGAUGGAUUAUCUUGGCAAAAGAGAAAUGUUCAGUAACAGGGAUGUAAACAAAUUUGUGCACAACAUUUGAGAGAGAGAGAAGCUUUUUUGUUCAUAUGGAACAUUUCCGGGAUCUUUUAUAUCAGCUCAUGAAACCUGGGACCAACACUUUACAUGUUGCGUUCAUAUUUUUUGUUCAGUGUAGUUAUUUGAUGGCAGUGUUUGAAAGAACGGUGUGUUUUGAAACCAAAUGAUUUUGUAACGUACUGUGUUCGCUGACUAGUACGACUAGUUCACUUCCGAUAUAUGCUCAUUCCUACUUUUGUACACGUGAUGUCAUGACGUCAACCUCUGCUCCAAGAACAAUAGCAUUAUAAUAACAGAAUACUAACAAAUAUAUAUGUAUUUUACUAUUUGUUUGUAUUAUAGUAUCGUAUACCAAGUGCCUUCUCAAGCUUUACACACUGAGCUUUACAAUCAUUCUUAAAUUCUAAGGAAAAACUGCUGUAUUCAUUUGUGUACACUAGAGAUGUUUUUAGCAUAAUAAUUAAUAUCCUUGAUAAAGGAGCUGUAUUUGGUAUUUGAACCAGUUAAUCAAUAAAAAAAAUGUCUGCGUUCUUCCA